CGUGUCGUAACCUGAAUCGUUAAACUCCACGAUUAUUUCUCGAGGAAAAAACUUUUGCUCAGUAGUCUGUUGACUUCUUCACUGGCUCCACCUCAUAGAAUUGCUCUUCUUCAGCUCUCCGGCUAAUUGAACGGCGGUUGAUCGGACAUUAUUGGUCUGAAAAUCGGAUAUAGAACAGUAAGCGAAGACGUUGAUCAAAGUAGAUUGACUUUGUUAUGGGCUUUGAAGACUCUUCGAGCGAAAAAGCUUCACCUUCUCCAUGUUCAUCAGCUCAUUUCCAUGACCCCUUCAUCAAGUGGGCUGGAACAAAGCGAGAUCGAUGCAAUCCAGGAGUUGGAACAGACUAGUAGAAAUGAUACCCUUCUCAAGUAUCAUGAUAUCUGCAUAGAUGAAGGAGUUAUUGAACAAGAUGUGGAUAUGUCAUGUUUUUCAGCAAAUAGUGUGGGGGAAUGGAUUGUGGAACUUAUCUAUCAAAACAAUAUCAAGAAGCUUAUCAUGGGAGCAACUGCUGAUUCACACUACUCCGAGGGCAUGGUUCAUAUCACACCUACAAAAGCUGACUACGUGAUUCAACAUGCGCCCCAUUGCUGUAACAUAUGGCUUGUAUGUAAUGGAAAUCUCAUCCAAACGAGGGAGGGACGGUUCGAACAUGCAGGUUCAGCGUACUCAUCCUCAAGCAGCCUUCAUAGCAUUGAUUCUGCUCUGAUACCAUAUGGGGGUGCAGGAAGAGCUGAACGUGUUACCGAGCCACAUGCCUUGUCAUCAUCUGAAGAACAAUCAGCUAGAGGGAUUGAGAAAAUGUAUUACGAGGAGCAGAGACGGAGAUUGGAAAUUGAGGAAUUAAAGAGAGAGAAGGAGCAGCGCGAUAAGAUGAGGCGUGUAAGAGAGGAAGCACUCUCAAGUUCUUCUGGUGUCACUAAGAUACUGUACAAUGAAGAAGUAAUGCGCAGGAGAGAAGUGGAGGCGGAACUAAACAGAGCAAAAGCAGAAAUAGAAGAUAUGAAAAGGGUCCAAAUUGAACUUAAAGAACAGCAUUAUGCUGAUUGCCGUCUGUUAGAGAAAGAGCGAGACGAAGCUAUCAAGACAACUGAAGAGCUUUUAAGAGCUUUGGAGAAGGGUGAGUCAUCAAUCCCGUUGCAGUGGUCUGUUUCCAUCGAGCCUCCCCAAUGUUUCAUAUGUCCCAUUUCAAAGGAUAUUAUGCAAAAUCCUCAUGUUGCAGCCGAUGGUUACACCUAUGAAGCAGAUGAGUUCAGAAGAUGGCUCAAUCACGGAGGUGAAAAAUCACCAAUGACAAAUCUUAGGCUCGAGAAUCGCAAUCUCAUCCCGAAUCUUGUUCUUCGUUCCGCCAUUAAAGACUGGUUGCAACAGCAUCCAUAAUUCUGUGAUUAUUAGUAUUAGGAUAAAUGUGGUGUUAAUCGUGCUGUGAUUCAUUGAAUUUGUUUGUGAAAAAUCUAAUAAAAAGUCCUUUAUUCACUGGAAAAAAGUGCCGUUUCUUGUUUAGUAUUUUUAUGCAUUGACUUGUAUUUUAAUUGCCACACAUUGACUUUACUGUGUCUCCCUCACGAAACCUGAAGCGGUCAACAAGAAGAACAUUGAGGGUCACCACU